AUGUCUGGUAGAGGAAAAGGAGGAAAAGGUUUAGGAAAAGGUGGUGCUAAGAGACACAGAAAGAUCUUGAGAGAUAACAUUCAAGGUAUUACUAAACCAGCUAUUAGAAGAUUGGCAAGAAGAGGUGGUGUUAAACGUAUUUCUGCUUUGAUUUAUGAAGAAGUUAGAAUUGUUUUGAAACAAUUUUUGGAAAAUGUUAUCAGAGAUGCUGUUACUUAUACUGAACACGCAAAGAGAAAGACUGUUACUUCAUUGGAUGUUGUUUAUGCUUUGAAGAGACAAGGUAGAACCUUGUACGGUUUCGGAGGUUAA